CUCUGGGAACUGAUGGAUCUCUCCCGCCAGGACUCUCUCCAUCCCAAAUUCCAGGAGGGCUGUGACCUGAAAGAAGAAGGAGAAGCAGGGCGAGCCAUGGCCCCCGGAGAGCCGCAGCAGCAGCCCCCCAGGACCCAGGAGCUUACAUCUGGCUUCCAUGAAGAAAAUGGAGACACCGCCGACUACUUAUUCCUCGGCAGCCAGCCCUCCCCACCUCUCCCGCUCAACUACUCCGGGAGCUUCUUCAUCGAGACUGCCCCAGACAACCACCAAGACCAAGAAACCCUGUUUAACAUCAUGUCGGGCAUCCUGGGCCUGUCCUCUUUCUCUGCCCCGCAACGGCCAAGGAGACAAGAGGCGCUUUAUUCUGUUCCCGAGGCCAUGCAGAACCACAUGGACCUUUACUCCAACUCCCAACCCAGCCUGGACAUCAGCGUCCCGCAGCCCUACGCCAGCCAGCUUUACUCUGCCUUUAGCAGCACCGAGGACAUUCAUCAGGUGCCGAGUUCACCGAAUCUGGGCAGCUCCUGCUCCUCACAAUGCUUUUUUGACUCCAAGGUGAUUCCGGGCAAGCAAGAAUUGGAUGCUUCCCCCGUGUCCCCCUCUCUGGAUUCAUUCGGUUCCAUAUGCCAACAGUGGGAAACCCAGACCCCCCAAAACCUUGGCCCAAGUUCCUACCAGCCAGACACUUUCUUGCAGUCUGAUGGAUCGCUGCCCAUGUUUCACCCACUGGAGUCCAAGGUGGAGAACGUCCUUUCCGCCUGUUGCCAGCCACACAUGGGCACCAUGGCAGAUGAUGGUGCUCUCUACAACGCCAUGGACUUCACCUGCCCGUCAGAGACUUACCAGACAGAUUUUAACGAGACCAAGGUGGACUUGAAACCUCAGCUGAUGGUAGAUUUCAAGUAUCUGGGACCUCAAGUGGCAAUGGUUCCAGGGCUUAUGAGGCAGGAGGACUCUAUUCAUCACCAGUCCCCACCACUCAUCUCCGCCGACUUUCUGGGCCAUUCCCCAAGCGCGGACCACACCGUCCUCCCAGCCGAUGGAGGGAACCCAAUCGGCGAGCCAAGGAAGAAGUACAGGAGAAACAAAUUCCCUGCCAAGUGUUUUCGCCCCAAACCUCACGAGAAGGCCUUCGCCUGCCCGGUGGAGAGCUGCAUCAGGAGCUUCGCCAGGUCGGAUGAGCUUAAUAGACACCUGAGAAUCCACACCGGACACAAACCCUUCCAAUGCAGGAUCUGCUUGAGGAACUUCAGCCGCAGCGACCACCUCACCACCCACAUCCGGACUCACACUGGUGAGAAGCCCUUCUCCUGCGACCUGUGCGGGAGGAGGUUCGCUCGGAGCGACGAAAAGAAAAGACACGGCAAGGUCCACCUCAAGCAGAAGGCCAGGACGGAGGAGAAACUCAAGGGACUUGGCUUCUACGCCAUGGGCUUAUCAUUCGGAACCUUAUAAGAUACCUCCAAA